GACAUCCAAUUGCUACAUGAUGGAAUCUGGGGUCAUAUCUGCCUUUCCUCACCAGCGCCAGAAACCAUUGGCAAAGUGUUAUGUCGACAAUUGGGAGAAGAUGGAACAAACGGACAAAUCAUUCAAAUGCCAGGAGACUAUAAAUGGGCAGGAGAAGGACCAGUUUGGUAUCAUCAGCUUCAUUGCUAUGGCAAUGAGAGUCAUAUCCAACAAUGUAAACAUAACGAACCUGUUAAAAAAUUAUACCAAACCCACUGUCCCGGUACUAAAAUUAGCACUCUCAUAUGUCAGAAAAUUCCACUAAACCUAAAAUCAACUAACACUGCGGUUCAGUUUGGAUACGUUGAAGCUAACAUUGUCAAAAGAUGGCAUCCACUUUGUAAGGUGAAUAUACAUGCAGCUAGGUUAAUCUGUCAGGGUUACGUACAGGACCCAAACUAUGCAAGAUUCCGUUACAUUGGAAUCCAACGAGAAUCUUAUAAUUUGUUAAAUUACACUGCACCACCGAUUAAUAUCAAUUGCAAGGGAAAAGAAAAUACCAUAGAAGAAUGUCAAAUAAAGUCGAUGCAUAUGACUUUCCAUACUAGUUAUAUCCCAACUGGCUCAGAUGUUUGCCCCAAAAGACUUGUACAGGUUCAAUGCCCUACUGCCAAAAAUUUGAUUGUUGGUUUUGAGUUCCGCCUAGAAGAUUCAGUGCGUGGCCUAUUACUUACAAAAGCUAAGAAUGAAACAAGUUGGAUUCCAGUUUGUGCUACUAGAUGGAGCUAUAACAACUCAAGAGUCCUGUGUCGAUCGAUGGGUUAUGAUUCAAAAAGUG